UCAGUUUUCUGUCGAUAUGUUGUAACUUGCAAAUCGUUAGUGAUAUCGACUUGCACUGGUAUUUUCAGUUUUGUAUUUUGCGUUUUUCCCUACUUUCGGGUGUAGUGAGCCAUGUGCGACUCCGCGAUGCCCCGCGAUCGCGGCGCGGUGGAUCCAGUUCUGCACAAAGAGGAACUAGCAAUCCGCGAUGUGGACUUCGUUGUUGGACGGGAUCAUGGCCAAGAGAAAAUCUUCUCUGCUUCCAAGGCUGCGUUGGCCAGUGUUAGUCCCGUGUUUCAUGCCAUCUUCUACGGAGGUUCCAGCGAACCUGCUGUCAACAUGGUCCAGGUUCCUGAUGCUCUACCGGAUGCCUUUUCCCAUAUGCUCAGCCAUGUACAGUGUCGUGAGGAUCCACUGCCCAAUCUCAGCGCGCACAACGUCUUCGCCACGAUGAACGUGGCUAUGAAAUACCAGCUGCCAGCACUGCUACAGCACUGCAGCGAGUUCGUCAGUCACAGUCUGCGCGCCAGCAACUGUCUGCUCUUCCUUGAUAACGCCGUUCGAUGGGACGCCAAAGAUUGCCUCCCGCUGUGCUUGGAGAUGGUGGACGCCUACAGCGAAGUGCUGUUCCUGGAUGACUUUGCGGCGUUGGAACUGAAGACGCUGGUGUUGGUGCUCCGACGCAAUACACUUACCGCCGAUGAAGACAGCGUUUACAAGGCCGCCGAGAGUUGGGCGUUUGCGGCCUGCUCUCGCAACAACCUGGAUCCAUCUCCCGCUAACCGGCGCCAGGUGCUGGGCGAUGCCUUCCGCCUCAUACGUUUCCCGCUCCUAACCGACGCUUUGCUGACUGACGCCUCGAUGGAGUUGGGCUUGCUAUCCCAAGACGAACUGGCGCAAAUUUACUGCUACAAGAACGCCACGACCAAACCGUCCCUCCCAUUCCCCACCGCACCGCGUCAGCCUCCCGUUAUUCGUGUCGCCGGCCUAGAGUUCAAGCACAAAGAACCGGUCUUCGUCGACCGAAACGCUGAAUACUGGCUGCCGGCGGAAGUCAUCGCGGCAAGCCCGCCGCACGUCGUCGUGUCGCUGUGCGAUGGAUGUCUGGGCGGUGAGAGGAUACUGGUUCACACGAAGAAGGUGAUUCGCGCCGCGGACUUUCUAGUCCGUGAACGAGCGGUGCUGGCGCAGAGGGAGGCGGCGGAGUAUGCCCGGUCGUGUUUUGGUCGCCACAUCGUUAAUUUCGCCGGACAAAAACCGCGAUCGGUGGAGUUCAUUGAUUUGCAAGUGCGGGAUGUGGAUGUGAAGGCGUGGAAGGCGCGUGGAAAGAAAGCGGGGACUGGGGUGCAGCCGGGGUGUGCCGGAUGAGAAAGAGCGCUGAUAUUUGAGUACAGUAUUUUUCUUCUAGUAUUCCCAUGUUCUUCGGUCUCUCUGGAGUUUUGUUUUGACAGUCGGUUGGCAACCAAAAUUGGGUUGAAUUAGUUCGGUAUUUCAGUUGCAGAGAAUGUUGACUGUCGUCGAGUAGCUAGAUCGGAAGGUGUCAAAGGUAAUGCACAUAAAAAGG